GCCUGGUUGGCGGGGGCGCGGGGCGGGGGCCUGCUGGGCCUGCUGGCCAAUCAGUGCCGCUUCGUCACGGGCCUGCGCGUGCGACGCGCGCAGCAGAUCGCGCAGCUCUACGGCCGCCUGUACUCCGAGAGCUCGCGCCGCGUCCUCCUCGGCCGCCUCUGGCGCCGUCUGCGCGGCCGUCCUGGCGAUGCCUCUGCCUUGAUGGCGGCGCUCGCCGGUGUCUUCGUGUGGGACGAGGAGAGGAUCCAGGAGGAGGAGUUGCAGAGAUCCAUUGAUGAGAUGAAACGGUUGGAGGAAAUGACAGAUGUGUUUCAGAACUCUGGGGUCGAGUGCCACCCUCCGGAACCAAAAUCCCAAAUAGAAGGGAAUGAAGAUUCAGAGGGCAAAGAGCAGCCGUGGGAAAUGGUGAUGGAUAAGAAACACUUCAAGCUGUGGCGGCGCCCAAUCACCGGCACCCACCUUUACCAGUACCGAGUUUUUGGAACCUACACAGAUGUGACACCCCGGCAGUUCUUCAAUGUUCAGCUGGACACAGAAUAUAGGAAAAAAUGGGAUGCCCUGGUGAUCAAGCUGGAGGUGAUCGAGAGGGAUGUGAUUAGCGGCUCGGAGGUUCUUCACUGGGUCACCCAUUUUCCGUAUCCGAUGUACUCGCGGGAUUAUGUGUAUGUCCGGCGGUACAGCGUGGAUCAGGAAAACAACGUGAUGGUGUUGGUGUCACGUGCUGUGGAGCACCCCAGCGUGCCAGAAUCUCCGGAAUUCGUUAGGGUCAGAUCAUAUGAAUCCCAAAUGGUUAUCCGUCCCCACAAGUCAUUUGAUGAGAAUGGCUUUGACUACUUGUUGACAUACAGUGACAAUCCCCAGACUGUGUUUCCUCGUUACUGUGUUAGUUGGAUGGUUUCCAGUGGCAUGCCAGAUUUCCUGGAGAAGCUGCACAUGGCCACCCUGAAGGCCAAGAACAUGGAGAUUAAAGUAAAGGACUACAUCUCGGCGAAGCCUCUGGAAAUGAGUAGUGAAGCCAAGGCCUCUGCCCAGGCCUCGGAGCGGAAGAGCGAGGGCAGCUGUGGCCCUGCUCGGAUCGAAUAUGCCUGAGGGCUUUGGGAUAAGAGGGGGCAGGCGCUUCUAGCCCUGUCUGGGUUCCUUGUCACUCUGCUACAGGAUGGGACAGGUCAUCUGUGUUAGAAGGCGUCUGCUGUAACCACCGUGCAAGAUAAUUCAGUAACUGCUGUCCAAUUUCAUUCAGAGCCCUUAGUGCUCCUUAUCAGAACAGAGGAGGCGACGUCCCUGGGGGAUAUUGUGGUAUUCUCAGGCCCCAUUUCGAAAUUCAGUAUUUCACUGAGCUCAUCUGGAACAGACUUCUCACUCAGGCUGGAGUGACUUCUGUUGGAUGCCUCUGAGUAGUUUCCUGUGCUGACAUUCCAAGCCCGCCGUUGGUGGUACAGCGCUUCGGAUUCUUCCAGUUCUGCACGUCCCCCCGGAAAGUGUACUUGGCUGGUUGGGUCUCAGUGGGUCACUGGGAGGGCUCUUGGUCACAGUCUUCGUGUGAAGGGUGUGAAUGGUACUUGACCGUGUUAAGUGCCUUGUCUUCACCUUGCUCUUAUCUUCUGCGACAUGAUAUUUGUACCAAGAGAUUUCUCUCCUGCCUGCCGAACACCACCCCGUUGACUGACCUGACAGGGCAGUUUCCUUGGAAUUGGCCAGUUCCAUGUUUAUGCACUGCGUUCACUGGCUCAUUGCCUCCUUCCUAACCUUUGCUCAUCUGCCAAAAGCACUGGGAGAUGCGUCCUUUCAGACAGUAGCUUUCUGAGGAAUCAGUGUUUGAUAGGGUCAGUGCAGAUGCUCAGAAUAUCACAUUUAAAUGUAUUUCACUUUAUUUUUUAACCCUUCUGUGAAAGCAGUUGCUGGGGAGUAGAGUGGCCUUUCUCCGCUACCCCUCUGUGCAGACACCAUUUUGUUACAGGCAUUCUUUUCGCACUUGAGGUUUGACCUGUCCUUCUUGGAAGGCUAAAGGCAGAGGAACCAGGGCUGUGCCACCCAGCUGUCUCUCAGAGCUGGCGCUGUUGGCAGGCUGUGUGAAUGAGUAGAUGGACUCUUGCCCCAAAUACUAAUAGAGUAGGGAUAUGGUUUUUGUUACCUUCUUGUUCCUGCCGGUGGUAUGGUGGUUAAGGCGGCUGGAUCCCACG